CGGCGGCGGCGGCGGGGGGCACGGCGCGCGGGGGGCGAGCGCGGGGAGCGGCGGCGGCGGCGGCGCAGCCCGCGUGACCCUCCACCCGCGCCCGCGAGCCCGCGUCCCCGCGAGGAGCCAGAGUCCGCAGCUGCGCCAGCCCCGCCGCAGGCAGGAUGCGCUCCGGGUCGCUGCCGCCGCCGAUGCUGCCGCUGCUGCUGCUGCUGCUGCUGCUGGCCGCCCGCGGGCCGCCGCCCUGCGCCGCGGACACCCCGACGCCCGCGAGCUGGGAGCCGCCGGCCGACGCGCCCUGGUGCCCCUACAAGCUGCUGCCCGAGGACCCCGAGGCGAGCGGCGCGGCGCGCCUGUGCUUCCGCACCGCGAUGCGCGGCUUCCGCUGCGAGGAGCCCGGCUGCAAGGCGCACACCUCGGCCGGCGGCAUGCUGCGCGCCAGCGUCCUGCGCAACCGCAGCGUGCUGGUGCAGUGGCGCCUGCCGCCCGGCCGCGCGCGCCGCCUGCGCUCCCUGCUGCUCGAGUGCUCGUGGCGCGGCGCCUACACGCGCUUCCCCUGCGAGCGCGUGCUGCUCGGCACCUCCUGCCGCGACUACCUGCUGCCCGAGGUGCACGAGGGCGUGCGCUACCGCCUGUGCCUGCAGCCGCUGCCCGUGCACAGCCAGCGCGGCAUCGAUGACAUCCCGCCCCCCGAGUGCGUGGAGUUCGUGGCGGAGCCCGGCGGCAUGCGCGACAUCGUGGUGGCCAUGACCGCCGUGGGCGGCUCCAUCUGCGUCAUGCUGGUGGUCAUCUGCCUGCUGGUGGCCUACAUCACCGAGAACCUCAUGCACCCGUCCUUCGGGCGCCCGGGCCUGCGCCGCCAGCCCUGAGCCCGAGGAUGGCCGCGGGGGGCCCCUGUCCCCCGCCCUGCCCCGUCCCUCCCCCCUCACCCCCCCCCCAGGCUGUCCGCGCAGGGCCGCUGCGGAUGGAGAUGGAGAUGGAGAGCGCGCAGGCCUGCGCCGCCACCUGGGACUCAUCCCGCCUCUUCACCAUCGAGCUGCCCGCUCCCCGGAAUCCAGUGCGAGACUGGCCCUGGGGCCUGCGGAGCGGGGUGCGGGCCGCCACCGGGCCCCUCCCGUCCUCCCGAGGCCUUUGCAGGGACUGACUGUGAGGACAGAGAGCGCCUCCUAGCGAGGGCCGCUGGCAUCACCCCCUGGGACGUCGCCUGCACCUCCAGCCUGUGCGUUGCUUGGUUCCUGUGCGCUUUGCUGCUCCAGGCCCCCGGGCCUUGUCCGCUCUGCACCCCUCCCCGUGGCUUAGGUUAGCCUUGUGCCUUAGUGUCCCCGGCCCUUCCCGUGCGGCCCGGAGGGAGCUGUGGCCCCCGGAGGGGCGGGCUGGGCUGUGUGUGCGUGCUUUGGGCCAGAGUCCCCCCUCAGGCUGUGCAGGAGCCUCGGUAGACAGUGCCCGUAGACAGUGCCCGUGGUGUGUCCCUGCGGGGGGUGUCUGACCAGCUGGGAGCCCGGAUGGAUUCGGUUCAGCAGGUGGGGCCUGGCCUCCAGCUCCUCUGACCUUGGGGGGGGGGAGCUGGCUGGGAGCCCCCCUUUUCAUUUUGCAGUGCUGCCUCUGAGGAGGACUUCCUGUGGUAAGUGGGGGCAGAGGGCUGGGAAGAGGGGGCCUGGUCGGAAGGGGCAGCUUUGGGCUCAGAGGGCAGACGAGAUGCCAGCCCAGCCCAGCUGGACCUCGCACUGAGUCUGCAUCAUGAUGGACAGGACGCCCCCCCCCUUGCGAUGGGGGGGCCGGGAGCCCAGGAUGGGGCGGGGAUGCGGCUGCCCUCACACCCACUGUGGUGGGAAGGCUGGCCGUGCCCCUCUCCGGACAGACUGAGUGCCCUCGCCGAGGGUUCUUCCUGUGCUGACCACCUGGCAGUGCCGGGUGCCGGGAGGGGUGCGGUGUGGCGUGCCUGCCCUCCGUGGGAGCCCCCGACUGUGACCCCCUGGAUCUGGCACUUCUGGAGUCACUGUGGCUAACCCUUCGCACCCUUGCACUCACCCUGGCGGCUACCGGCAACCCCAGUGCCCGCUCCCUCCCGCUGUCCUCGCUGUGGUGUGCUGCUGGUCAGGUGUGAGCCUCGUGCCCAUGUCUAAACAUCCAUCAUCUUUAGACUCAAA